UAUAUUCAAUAAUGGGUGGAGUUUAUUAUAACAAGUUAAAGUCGGUUGCAUCCUGCGCUAUCAUUCUGACUUUUCUUUUCUCCUUUAUUGGUGUUCAACCAACAGAGGGAAGUAGAGCUGCUUUAACCUAUGGCGCCGCCGCCGCCAAUGGAAGCGGGUCUACCGCAUCAGCUCCGCCACUUGGAAAUGGGCUCCGAGCGAUUGGCAACGGCAGCGGCCCGAGUCCCGGGGGCAGAGGCCACAAUUGCCCACCCGGUAAGGCUUCACUCGGUGUCGAUGCUUCUUCCCUAGCCCCUGCCCCAGUUCAAAGUCCCGGCGGCGUUGUUCACUCAACUUGUCUCAUGCGUGCAUGAACCUUAUCUACAUUAAAUAGUCGCUCGUCUUAAUUAAAUAUAAGCCCUGAUUUUUAGUAUCUACAAAUACCAUAUACGAGUAUAUGUUAUAUACAUAAAUUACUAAGAAUUAGGUCCGAUUUCUUAAAUAAAAAUGCAUGAGUAGGGGCCGUAGCGCUAUUAAUCUAUUAUUAUUAGCUACAAGUCCCAACCCCGAUUAGAUUUCAAUUUAAUAUCUGCUAUGCUCUCGCGCUUGUAAUAUACUACGUACGUAACACUUAUGUUGUGAUCUUACCUUAUUUAUUUAUGCUUCAAUAAUACGUAGUAAUAUGAUGGUAUGUCAUGUUUUAUGUGUCU